UAACACUCUCGAGGCAACCCAGACACAAAAGAAUGCAGGAACUAGACUUACAAGCUGAUGACCUCAAGGGGGAUCUACCCUACAUGGUGGAGACUGCAUAUGUCAUUGCUGCAAGCGAUGACCCACCUGAUCUUAUGUCCAGGCUGGACCAACUACUCGAUGAUUUCUGGCGGCAGCUGGAACACAGGAUGAGUCUGUGCACCCCACUUCAACCAAGCAAACACUCACAUCGGCAACCAAGUCCCCGCCAGGAGUCCUCAGCAUUCUCUGUGAAGAAUGACAAUACAUGGUGUCGGGGCGGGCAGCGAGGUUCGCCUAAACAUAAAGCGGCACGAAGGAGGGUAUCGCUGUGGACCAAAACUAGGUCUCCUGAGGAACAGGAGGUACUGCGGGCUGCCCCUUCUCUAACACAUGCUCUGAGCCACCAACUUCCACUAGGACUUGAAGGUCUGAAACACCUCUCAGUAGUGUUGGACUGUGCUCUGCUCGUGGUGGGCAUAGGAUGAAGGGACUUAGCUACAAAGCACACAUGGUCACUCACCCUUACAACACUCUGGUGCCCCCUUCCCUACUUUACUUUUGAUCUCGUGUUUUGGAGUCUGACCUUGCCUGUCUUUUCAUGCUCUCUUUACUUCAAUUAUUGGUGAGCUUCCUGGGGAAAAAAGCUUGAUAUACUCCUAUACCUCAUAUGCCUUGUUUUAAAACAAUAAAUUGAGCGAGAUUCUCUUAUGUUACACCCAUGCUUUACUGUAUCUGAUCUUGAAGUGCUUGCUGUUGCUGUCAUGGCAGUGCAAGCUUGUUUGUUAUUAUAUGCACUGCAAAAAGAAAAAAAAAUUAGCAGAAAAUAUUUUCUUAUUUUUUUCUCACAGUGAUGUAAUUUUGUAUGAUUACAUUUAUUGGUAGACCUUUCCCUUGGAAUUUUCUUAAUUUGGGUCAAUUGACAUAUGGUACUCAUUUCGAAAUGUUAGAAAGGUCCUUUCGGAAUAUGCACCACACUGUAAAAACUAUGACUUCUUGUUAGUGACUAAUAAGUGUUUGCCAAGAAUAUAUCUCUUCUAUUCUAAAAGUUAGUUAUUUGUGUUUUUAUUUAACUAGUAGUAAUUACAAUGGCAGUGCUUUGAUUUUUUUUUCUAAAUUGUUUCACUUUUACACAUUAAUUUAUGCACGGAUCCACAGACAGAGGGAAGUGGAUGAAAUAAUGAG